ACAGGCUGUGGUCUAUCUUGGGUUAGUUAUAAAAAUCUUUGGUUUAAGUGCCUUCAAAAAUAUGCCAUUAUUAUUUAUCUCUAUAGGCGCUAAAGCGGCUAGAUCGUCCACUUCCGGAAACACCAGGAUGUUCUUCUGUCCAGGAAAAACGUGAAAAUAUCUACAACCUGUGCGAAUAACGCAACGUGUAGCUAUUUAGGAUUUUAUAGGCGUUCCAGUUAAUCAGCGAGAUGAUUUGGAGUGUAAUGGUAGCUGUUUACAUUACCCUUAUCCUCGCUCUUUGGUCACGUUUGUGUAUGUUGCACUAACUCGCUGUAUUAUUGAAGCUUGUUGGCUGCGUCACCAUCACUGCCUGGAUUGGUCACAGGAGGCCCUGGAGAAGGAGUGGCCUGAGGUCAAGCCCUAAAGCACCAGAGCCUGGUCAUGAUGGACCAUAAGAGAGCUCUCACCAUUUCACUGGCCGUUGACAAGGUGGAUAACUCUCAAAUGGGAAGUCCACUAAAAAUUCCCAAGAUCCUUCUUUCUUCAGAGUUGAGAUGUGGGAAUGAAGAGUCACAGAUUCACUGGACCCAGAUUGCUGGAAACGGAAUCAAACUCCAAAAGUCUUGUCAGCAGAAUGGAUCCAUCUCUUUGGAUCACGGCCAAGCGGCUUUAGCCCAAGCGGCAAUGAACUGCACUCAGCUCCAGUUGGUCCUCACGGACGUCCUGAAGACGGAACAGGGGCAGGCCUACCUAGACAGGAAGAUGCGUGGCAAGAUGACAGGAACUGGAGAGAGGAAGAGAGAGUCACCGAUGGGGAGCGGGCAAAGGAGGGUGUCUCAGAGAGGCAGAGAGGGGAGGGAGGAUUGUAGAGAUUUUAUAGCACACAGAAAGAGACCUCAUGACCACCCCACCUCGACCCCGACCCGCAAGGAGAGGAGGUCACACCACAGAGGGUGGUCAGAGGAAGACGAGGAGGUGAAUGAACUUUUAAUAGGAGAGGAAAACAUCAAAGACGAGAGAUGCAACAGUAGUGUGUCAGGGAGGCGCAGUUCACGGGAACUCCUGGAGGAGGUGACCUUUACUGAGGGGGACAUGCACCAGGAAAAGCCUUACCCACAAUCCACCAGGACUAGGAAUGCAGAUUCAGGUUCAAGCGAAUCCACACAUGUUGAGAGGGGGAGUUGGAGAAGGGAGUCUGGGCUCUACAGGAAUGGACAGGUGAAGGAUGGAGGGAUGAAUGAUGGAGUGGCAGAGGGCUUGACCACAGAUGCCUCCAGGAGCUCCAGAGGGAGCGUGCUGCACCUCUCCAGGGAGGCCAGAGGCGGGGGAGGACUGCCCCCCAAACAGCUGUGUCUGGGGGGGACGGGGGGCAUAGACACUAAUGUAGCAUCCAUAGAAGUAGAGGUGGACCCCUCAAACUUUGACGGGACCCCGAUGGUAGUCACUGUGGGGGAAGACAGGGAGGUUGCCAGCUCCUCUAACCCCAGCUGUGGAGGGGUUAAGGAGAGGAGAGGAACCCUGUCCUCCAGCCAGGAUAGGACGCCCAAACUCAGUCCUGUUGAACCCAUCGUUCUCUCCAGUGAUGAGGAGGUAGUCACCCCGUCCCACAGUUCAGUCCUUUGGCCACAGACUAGUGAGUGUGAGUCCCAGAGAAACCAUGCUCAGGAAGACAACGUGGUGGAAGAGACGGACUUUCAGGUGAUGCCUGUGGUGGUGACAGGGUUUGGGGUGUCCAGUUUCCCCAGCACUGAGGACUCUGAGGGUAUGGUCCUACCCUUCUCUGCCCUGCACUGUGGGGGGGUCAGAGGGGAGUCCAGCGGAAACAUCAUGAUCACAAACCACAGAAUCAUCAUACCAAUUAAAGGCCAGGUAGAUGUGAUGGUGACUGUGGAGCGCUGUCAGCUGUGGAAGUACAGCAUCUGGGACAGGGAGGAGCUACAGGAGAGAGGGCUGGGGUGUGAGGUCAAGGGAGAGAUGGGGCAGCCUCCCCCCGCCCUCCUCCUCCUCUACGUGUCAGACGCCCAGGCAGUCGCCGUUCAAGAAGACCUGAGGGAGCUGUCAAUCAAACAGGCCUUAGAACCACCCACUGGCCAGGCCAGUCCCUUCCUCCUGCUGACUCUGCAUGCCCCUCUGGAGGGGGUGGAAGGGGCUCUACUUCGCUCCAUCCUCGACAUCAUCUGUCUCAACAACGUCGACGCUGCAUGUCUCUGGGGGAACGCUCCCAUCAACGAGGACCUCCACAGUCCCCUCCUGUCAUUGGAUGACAGUCUGGCGCUGAUCGGUAGAACCGGACUAGACCACCAGCUGCUCUCCUUACUGGGACAGAACAAUGCCGAGCCUGUCACAGAACCCGACCAAGACAGAGACACACCUGGGCCAAAUCUGGACACUGUGGAGGGAGAGUCACAGACACCACCGGAGACAGAGGUACAGGCAGAGCAACAGACAGAGGAGGAGGAGCAGAGGGAGGCAGAGAGCGUACCCCUCGCUGAGGAGAGUCCAGUCCAGCCCAGACCCGUGUACACGGUGUGUCACAUCAGAACCAGAGGCUCCUACUCUGUGUUCCUGGGCCCGAAGCCAGGCUCCAACUGGACCCGAUACAAGCACCAGGGCCCCACACGCAGGUUGAUCCAGUUUCCUCCACCGCCUUCCAAAGGAGGGAUCGCCGUGACAACAGAAGAUCUGGAGUGUCUUGACAAAGGCCAGUUUCUGAAUGAUGUCAUCAUCGACUUCUACCUCAAGUAUCUGCUUCUGGAGAGGGUUCCGCAGGAUGUGGCUGAUCGCGCUCACGUCUUCAGCAGCUUCUUCUACAAGCAGCUCACUCGCCGAGACAAUGCCAGUGAGGACAGUACCAGCGUCUCAGCACAGCGGAGGCGGCAUCAGCGGGUGAAGACAUGGACACGACAUGUGGACAUCUUCCAGAAAGACUUCCUGUUUGUGCCUGUCAAUCAGGAAGCCCACUGGUACCUGGUGGUGAUCUGCUUCCCUGGCCUGGAGGAGCCUCAGUGUGAGGAGGGGAGCAGCCCAGCCUCGCUGAGGGGAACAGGGGGAGAGAAGCCAGACGAGGCCCAGGCUGAAGAGAAGUUCUCUGGGUCCAAAAAGCUAAAUGGCAUCAGUGAAGUCACCCCUGAAUCAAUUAGCACUGACAACCAGGACAAACUGACAGUUACAGUUUCAAAUGUUGUGGUACAGAGUGAAUCAGUACUCCAGCCACCUCCUGGUCCUCUGGACUGCACUGAGAAGACCUGUCACAGAGAGACCAUCUGUAAACGACCCUGUAUUCUCAUCAUGAACUCCCUCAAGUUUUCCCUCCAUGAGCGCGUCUUCAAACUCUUACGGGAGUACCUGCAGUCGGAGUGGGAGCUGCGUCGGGGCUCUGUGCGCGAGUUCAGUUCUGAGCAGAUGCGAGGCUCCCACUGUAAGGUCCCCCUACAGGACAACAGCAGCGACUGCGGCCUCUACCUGCUGCAGUACGUGGAGAGCUUCCUGCAGGACCCUGUGGUGCACUUUGAACUCCCCCUGUGCCUAGAACGCUGGUUCCCACGGCAACAGGUGAGGAGGAAACGAGACGAGAUCAGGGACCUGGUGCUACACCUGUACAGACACCAGAGGGGCACGGUGGGGAGUAUAGUCAGCUAGGGCAUGGUGGGUAAUAUUAUGGCUGUGACCAUACCAGUAUCCCAAUAUUUUUUCCAUGGCAAAAAUGAAAACACAAAGCAGACCAAACACUUUGGUCCUUUAAAAACCUUCUGUAUGUAAAAUAUUGUGUGCUAUAGCUUGGAAAAUAAAUAAAUGUGACUCUGGGUGACAACAUGAGGAUGUUUGUUUCCAACAUUAGGACUUUUUUCCUGAAGAAGUUAAAUCUGCUUUGUGUUUUGUUUCUUUGACAUGAUACUAACGAGUGUCGCGGUACUGGUAUUAUCUUGGCCCUAGGUAGUAUAGGAACCAUUGGAAAUGUAGUCGGGCACAAGUGGGUAGUAUAGGAACCAUGGGAAAUGUAGUCGGGCACGGUAAGCACCUUGGCUGCAUUCCAAACACUUAACAGACACACCCUCUCCCCUCAGCCCUCAAAUUAAGUGGACACUUCUGAUGACGGGUCAUGACGUCUGGCAGGGCAAGGGAGGAAGGAAUGAAUUUUAAAUGGAGCGCCCUUGCCCGGAAGUUUGUCACUCGUUUGUCCCACAACAAUUGUGUUUUCAGCCACCAGUGGCUUGUGGGUGCUUUAUAUGAGCUACAGUCAAUUCUGAUUUUAUGUCUACUUAUAUUAACUAUAUAAUUAUUAAUAUACGUCUACUGUAUGAUAGCUAGCAAACUAAUUAGCUAACUAAGGUUAGCCUGCCAAGCUGGAACUUCUGAACUUUUUAUUUCUACAAUUUCCAAAAACGAACCAAACAAAAACAUCAUUACUUUUAUGAGAUGUGUUUGUGCAUUAGUAGCACAAUUUCUAACUUAUUUACAUUCAUUUUUACUCACACUUGUAUGUUGACUGAGUUUUCUUAGCGGAAGUGCAAUCAUCGCAAAUUGAAUUAUGGGGGAUUACAGGCCCGAAGUGAACAUAAUUGUACACUUGCAAACUCAAUUAAAAACAAGGGCUGAUGGGGCUUACGUUUUGAACUUCCCUUGUUUGGCUAAUCGCUUGGAGCGAAGGCCAAGAUGGUGACGGGGAUUCCCCCGAGGGAAUAAGACAAGGGUAAGUGGAGGAAGGUGUUUCUUUUGUGAGUUUGAAACGCAGCCCUUGAGAUUCUGCUCAUGCUGAGCAACCAGUACAUUUACAUUUCAGCCUGAUAUAUUCAAAUAUUAUUUAAGCUUUUGUAGUUGUAUCACUGGCCAGCUGGCCACCAUUCAAAUUACAUGCAGAUGUCUCAUGUCAACCUGUAAAUUGUUACUAACGUCAAAGGCUGUUGCAUUAAUGAUUUAAAUCUCUCCGGGGAUGAAUAUGAAGGACUUCCUGCAGCAGCUGUAGAGUGUCUCUUUCGGUGCUUGUUUUAAGCAGAGGCAUUAAAGGGGCCUUCCACUGAAAUUCAACAGUUUAAACAGGUUCUUCUUGACUUUUUCAGUGUAACAUCUCUUUAGAAAGUCUGUCCCCUCUGCACCUUAUAGAUGGGCCCUACAUCCCACCAGUAUAGCCUCGUUUAACAUGAGAUCAGACUGAACAGUCUGGGCCCUACAUCCCACCAGUAUAGCCUCGUUUAACAUGAGAUCAGACUGAACAGUCUGGGCCCUACAUCCCACCAGUAUAGCCUCGUUUAACAUGAGAUCAGACUGAACAGUCUGGGCCCUACAUCCCACCACUAUAGCCUCGUUUAACAUGAGAUCAGACUGAACAGUCUGGGCCCUACAUCCCACCACUAUAGCCUCGUUUAACAUGAGAUCAGACUGAACAGUCUGGGCCCUACAUCCCACCACUAUAGCCUCGUUUAACAUGAGAUCAGACUGAACAGUCUGGGCCCUACAUCCCACCAGUAUAGCCUCGUUUAACAUGAGAUCAGACUGAACAGUCUGGGCCCUACAUCCCACCAGUAUAGCCUCGUUUAACAUGAGAUCAGACUGAACAGUCUGGGCCCUACAUCCCACCACUAUAGCCUCGUUUAACAUGAGAUCAGACUGAACAGUCUGGGCCCUACAUCCCACCACUAUAGCCUCGUUUAACAUGAGAUCAGACUGAACAGUCUGGGCCCUACAUCCCACCACUAUAGCCUCGUUUAACAUGAGAUCAGACUGAACAGUCUGGGCCCUACAUCCCACCACUAUAGCCUCGUUUAACAUGAGAUCAGACUGAACAGUCUGGGCCCUACAUCCCACCAGUAUAGCCUCGUUUAACAUGAGAUCAGACUGAACAGUCUGGGCCCUACAUCCCACCAGUAUAGCCUCGUUUAACAUGAGAUCAGACUGAACAGUCUGGGCCCUACAUCCCACCACUAUAGCCUCGUUUAACAUGAGAUCAGACUGAACAGUCUCGCAUUUAUUAUUUCACCUGUGUUUUACUAUUUAUUUGUCCCCUAGGUGAUUUUAUUGUAACUUAUGUCAGUUAGAUUUUUACAUGUGGAUUUUGUUUCUAAAAUGUAAAUUUUGAUGAAUGUGUUUUGAAUAUAAAAUGUAAUAAAUACAUUUGUAGUCUGAA